AUGAAGAGCUUAGUAAAUAUUUCUGGUACUGGUAAGAAAGUCCUCGGAUCAGAGCUUUUCUAUGCAACAUCUGAUCUUGGAAAAAUAUUGGGGUGUUUUAAUAGUUGCAUUCAGGCUCAUAAACUAAUUGUUAUGAAUGAAACAGGUAUGUUUAGUGAAGAUUGGAAUAAAUAUAAUGAUCAUCUUAAAUCACUUAUCACAGAAGAUUAUUUAACAGUUGAAUGUAAAGGUACUGAACCAAAAGUCAUAAAAGAUUAUGCUGGAUUUAUGGUAUUAAGUAAUCAUGAUGCUUCACUCUGGAUAGAAAUGGGUGAUCAUCAUAUCGUGUGUUUCGAUGUAUCUUCCUGUUAUAAAGGUAACAUGGUAUAUUUUAAGAAUUUGGCCAAAGAACUCGAACACCCUAACGCACCAAAUGUAGUUAUGGCUUAUUUACUCAGUCUUGAUAUCUCAGAUUGGAAUCCACAAGAUAUUCCUGCUACUAAAAUGAAAACAGAUAUAAUAAAUGGUGAAAAUCCAUUUACUAACAAAAAAUUUGGAAAAACUCCUCCAACAAUUGGUAUAGAAUGCAAGCAAGCACGAAUCAAUGGAAAAAGAGACUGGGUUUAUACCCUUGAUCGAUCCAAAAUCAUGAGAAAACUACGCGAAUCGGGUAUCGAUAUAGAAGAAUUUUCCAACACACCUCAAGGCAAGAUAUCCUCCAACGCGUCCACAGAUAUCCCUGUAUUUAACGUAUCUGAAAUUGUAGAUCCAAAGGGUAAGGAAAUAGUAUCCACCCCUCCUACUACUAACAUGACCCAGGAUCUCUUCAAUUCUAAAACAAAUGAAAGUUUAGUUGCUUCAUCAUUCAAGUCUAUCGAUAUAUCUCCACCACCCGAGAUCAUACACGUAGAACUUGUGGACGAUAAAUCCGAACCAGUUUCUGAGAUCAUUAAACCGGUAAAUGAUAAAGUUGAAUCUUCAGAAAUUAUCGAAUUGAUAAAUGAUCCCGAAAUCUCCCCCGACUUAUCUGUAAACAAUGAACCAAAAACCAUCAACGAAGAGCAACGAGAAAUACGAUUAAGACAAAAAGCUAUCGAACUUGGUGAGAAUCCAGAUAAGUUCAUUACUAUUACUGAAAAAGAUAGGGAUUUGGCGAGAAUUUAUUAUGAUAAAAUAAUGGCAGAUGUGAAAAUAAUUGAAUUUGCACGAAGUGAUGGGGUCGAUUCAGAGAACUAUAUGAAACUGUCUAGAUGA